AACUCAUGCUUUAGACUCCAGUGCACACAGACAGAGGGAAGAUGGAAUUAAUCUUGGUUCUGCUACUGGCCUCCACGGUGUCUGGCUGUGGUACUCCCACCUACCCUCCAAACCUCAGCAGGGUGGUAAAUGGGGAGGAGGCUCUGCCCCACAGCUGGCCCUGGCAGGCCUUGCUGGAGACAUUUUUUCCUGUUUGUGGUGCCACACUUAUUGCCCCUAACUGGGUCCUGACAGCAGCACACUGCAUCAACUUUCACACAUUCAGGGUAGUCCUCGGCGAUCACAAUCAGAACAAACAGGAGGGCCCAGAGCAGUCCAUCAUGGUGGAUAAAAUGUUCAUACAUCCAAAAUGGAAUGACAAUUGUGUGUCCUGUGGGAAUGACAUUGCCCUCCUUAAACUGGAAAGAAGUGCCACCUUGAAUGACAAAGUGCAGCUGGCUUGCCUGCCAGAGCCUGACUCUGCCCUCGCUCACAACGAGGCCUGCUAUGCCACUGGCUGGGGCAGACUCUACACUGGUGGUCCCCGUCCUGACAAGCUGCAGCAGGGCCUGGUGCCUGUGGUGGAAUAUGACGUGUGCCGCCAGAAUGACUGGUGGGGCUCCAGUGUGAAACCCACCAUGGUCUGUGUAGGGGGAGACACUGUAUCAACCUGCCAUGGGGACUCUGGUGGGCCUUUGAACUGUAAAGGUCGUGAUGGAAAGUGGUACCUUCAGGGAGUCAGUAGCUUUGUGAGCGGCAAAGGCUGUAAUACUCCUAUGAAGCCUAGUGUGUUUACCAGAGUGGCGUCCUUCAUCCCCUGGAUCAAAGAGACCAUGGCCAACAACUGAGGAUAGACUACACGGUGAAACUCUUAUACCCACAUCAUUUAUCUGGCUUAGACUACGAAACUAAUGAAGAUAAAAAAAAAUCAGAUUUGCAAAUUGUUUGGGUAAACAUUUAUUACAUAUAUGAUGAUGAUGGUAAAAGAGAUACCUUUCAUCAGGAGCAUUUUGGUCACAGGAUAAAAUGUAUAAAUCAAAA